CAAACAAUAGGAUUGUAUUGGGGAAGAUACCAACAUUGGAUGGUCCAACAAAUGCUUAUACUAUUAUUCGUGGCAGGACUUUGUCUAGCGGUCAACGAGGAGAGGUUUAUGAAGUGAAUGAAGACCAAGUAGCUGUUGUAUUUGAUAUUAGUUCCCAGAGAACAAAGGAAGUAAAGGAUGCAAAAAGUGCUGAAGCUGUGUCAGAACCUUCAGUGUUGAAGGAUAUUGAACAUGAUCUUAAUGCUCAAACACACGACAGCUAUAUUGCAAUGGAGGUGCUUUGUGAGAUUUUGGAGUCACAACAGCCACUUGUGGUUUACUUUCCUGAUUCUUCUCUGUGGCUAUCAAGGGCAGUCUCAAAGUCGGAUCGGAAAGAGUUUGUCAGUAAGAUGCAAGAGAUGUUUGACAAAUUAUCAGGUCCUCUGGUCUUGAUUUGUGGACAAAACAAAAUGGAGACAGAAUCAAACUCAAAACAGAACAAAUUUACAAUGAUACUUCCAAACCUGGGCCGUCUUGCUAAGUUGCCUCUUUUGAAGAGACUUGCAGAGGGAUUAAGACCUUCUAAACGGUCUGGAGAUGAUGAAUUAUAUAAGAUAUUCACUAACGUGGUUUGUUUAGAUCUGCCGAAGGAGGAAGAUCUCUUGAAGAUAUUCAACAAACAGAUUGAGGAAGACAAGAGAAUUGUAAUAUCACGAAGCAAUUUGAGCGAAUUACACAAGGUUCUUGAGGAACACGACUUAUCAUGCAUGGACUUGUUACAUCUAAAAACUGAUGGUGUUGUACUGUCAAAACAGAAAGCAGAGAAGGUGGUUGGCUGGGCCAGAAGUCAUUACCUAUCCUCAUGUCCCCUUCCUUCAGUCAAGGGGGAUCGGUUGCAGAUUCCUCGCGAGAGCCUUGAAAUUGCAAUUUUGAGGUUAAUGGAGCAGGAAACAGCUCUGAAGAAGCCGACCCAAAACUUGAAGAAUCUUGCUAAGGAUGAGUACGAGAACAACUUCGUUUCAGCAGUGGUUCCUCCAGGAGAGAUUGGUGUGAAAUUUGAUGAUGUGGGUGCACUUGAAGACGUGAAGAAGGCACUAAAUGAACUUGUGAUUCUGCCUAUGCGGAGACCUGAGCUUUUCUCCCGUGGAAAUUUGUUGAGGCCUUGCAAAGGGAUAUUACUUUUUGGUCCUCCUGGAACUGGAAAAACCCUUCUGGCGAAGGCACUUGCAACUGAAGCGGGUGCAAAUUUUAUCAGUAUUACUGGUUCAACACUUACAUCCAAGUGGUUUGGUGAUGCUGAAAAACUUACUCGUGCACUUUUCUCCUUUGCCAGCAGGCUGGCUCCUGUUAUAAUUUUUGUUGAUGAGGUAGACAGCUUACUUGGUGCUCGUGGUGGUGCUUUUGAGCAUGAGGCAACUAGAAGAAUGCGAAAUGAAUUUAUGGCAGCAUGGGAUGGCUUGAGGUCAAAAGACAGCCAGAGAAUCCUUGUGCUUGGUGCUACAAAUAGGCCAUUUGACCUUGAUGAUGCUGUUAUUCGUCGUUUACCAAGAAGGAUCUAUGUUGACCUGCCAGAUGCUGAUAAUCGUCAUAAAAUACUCAAGAUAAUAUUAUCUCCAGAAAGUCUAGAAACUGGGUUUCCCUUGGAACAACUUGCAAAUUCUACUGAAGGUUAUUCUGGGAGCGACCUGAAGAACCUUUGUAUUGCUGCAGCAUACAGACCUGUCCAAGAGUUGCUGGAAGAAGAAAGCAAGGGUGGAAAAUCUGAUGGAGUUCCGCUUCUAAGACCGCUCAAGUUAGACGAUUUUACUCACGCUAAAACCACGGUGGGACCAUCAGUUUCCUUCGAUGCAGCCAGUAUGAAUGAGUUGAGAAAAUGGAAUGAACAAUAUGGCGAAGGCGGAAGCAGGAAAAAGUCACCAUUUGGUUUUUGAUAGUAGCAUCAAUCGGUCCCUGGACAACCCGCUUUUUUGAAGUUAGAAGAUGCAAAAAGUGGCACCUGUAACGGAAAAUAGCUUCCCCCCCCCCCCCCUCCAGACAAGAGAGAUAGGCUGCGGACAGAAGCUUCGCCUCAUUACAUAAUAACUCAUGUGGUAGAUCUCACCAUAGCAGGCAUAGAGGCUAAAAGGGGAACAGGCUAAUUUGCUGUUGUAUCUUUAGCAAAUUCUAACUUAGUAAUCCUUUAUGUUUUCUAAAUUAUAAAUGAUCAUAGUUUACAAGUUCUUAAUGUUUCAGUUGAUUCUGGUUUCUCUUUCUUAAUAAUACGGUAUUGGUGCAUAAUGAGAUACAACCGUGCAAUGGAUUAUUUUAUGGGUAAAUUGUUAUUAUCUCUUUGAGUUAUGAUUCAUU